CAGAAAGACUAAUAUUAGCGUAUUAGUCUUGAACACAGAACACAGAGUGAACACAGAGUGAAUUUUAGGCGGGUACGGGUGCGUGCGGAAUAGAACCAUUAUUAGUCUCGUUUGCUCCUCUUUUUGCCCUGUAUAUAUUCCCUGUGUUCUCCUUCAGUCUUUGUUGGUUCUCAUUUGUGUAUAUUUGUUCUCCUGAGUUUUGAAGCAACUUUCGUCUGUGUGUGUUUACACACAACCAACCCCUGACAACGUCACUACCAUGGUAAAAUUUAACUAUAUGGUUUAAAUGGUAUUUGUUAAGAAAAAUAGUAUUUAAAUACGGUAUUUGUUAAAAUAUUAAAAGCUUAAUAACAAAAAUACUUUCUGCCACAUUACCAUUGUGCAGUUAGUUUUACAACAGAUUUGAAUAUUUUGUAGAUUGAAAAGCCUUUUAACUGAACACACAUGAAAACUAAAAACUUAGCAGCUCUUCAGGACCAGGAAUGAGGAAACUGCUUUACAGACACACGUUUUACACACAUAGAUCAAACACAGAACCCGGAAACAGGAAACACCUGACUUCAGAGAAAGAGAAACUGAAGUGUAGUUGAGCUGUUGUGUGUUUGUGUCUCUGUAUUCAUGCAGUAAAAUGGCAGAAGCCAGAUUUUCUCAGGAUGAGUUCAGGUGUCCAGUGUGUCUGGAUCUCCUGAAGGAUCCAGUGGCCAUUCCCUGUGGACACAGUUACUGUAAGAUCUGUAUUACAGGCUGCUGGGAUCAGGAGGAUCAGAUUAGAGUCUACAGCUGCCCUCAGUGCAGACAGACCUUCAGUCCAAGACCUGCUCUAGGAAAAAACACCAUUCUGGCUGAAAUGGUGGAGAAACUGAAGAAGACUAAACUUCCUGCUGACUGUUACGCUGGAGCUGGAGAUGUGCAGUGUGAUGUCUGUACUGGAAGAAAACACAAAGCCGUCAAGUCCUGUCUGGUGUGUCUGAACUCUUACUGUCAGAAUCACCUUGAACAACAUGAGAGUUGGUUUAAAGGAAAGAGACACAAUCUCACUGAAGCCACUGGACGACUGCAGGAGAUGAUCUGCCAGAAACACGACAAGAUCCUUGAGGUUUUCUGCCGCACUGAUCAGAAGUGUAUAUGUGUGUUGUGUAUGAUAGAUGAACAUAAAAACCACGACACUGUAUCAGCUGCAGCACAGAGGACAAAGAAACAGCACCAGCUGAAGGAGAUGCAGAGGUCGUUCCAGCAGAGGAUCCAGCAGAGAGAGAAAGAUCUUCAGCAGCUGAGAGAGGCUGUGGAGUCUCAUAAGCGCUCAGCACAGACAGCAGUGGAGGACAGUGAGAGGAUCUUCACUGAGCUCAUCCGCUCCAUUGAGAGAAGCCGCUCUGAGGCCACACAGCGGAUCAGAGAUCAGGAAAAGACUGCAGUGAGUCGAGCUGAAGGACGACUGGAGCGACUGGAGCAGGAGAUCAAUGAUCUGAGGAGGAGAGACGCUGAGCUGGAGCAGCUUUCACACACACAGGAUCACAUCCAUUUCCUGCAGAGUUUCCAGUCUCUCUCAGCUCCUCCUGAAUCUACAGAUGUAAAUGACGAUCCCUUCAGUUCUCUCUCCUCUUUUGAUGUUGUGAGAGAAUCUGUCCGUCAGCUGAGAGACAAACUGGAGGAUUUCUGCAAAGAGGAGCUGAAGAAGAUCUCUGACAGAGUCACUUUCACCAACAUUGUUCCCAGAACCAGGAAUGACUUCCUACAUUAUUCUCAUCAGCUCAAUCUGGAUCUGAACACAGUGAAUAAAAACCUCCGUCUGUCUGAGGGGAACAGAGUGAUUACAUUCACUAACACAGUCCAGCCAUAUCCUGAUCAUCCAGACAGAUUUGAUUGGUAUCUUCAGGUGUUGUGUAGAGAGAGUGUGUGUGGACGCUGUUACUGGGAGAUUGAGAGGAGUGGUAAUAUUAGUGUGUUUAUAUCAGUGUCAUAUGAGAGCAUCAGCAGGAAGGGACGAGGUAAAGAGUGUUUGUUUGGAUCUAAUGAUCAGUCCUGGAGUUUGUCUUGCUCUUCCUCCAGUUACUCAUUCAUACACAAUAACAUAAAGACUGAACUCCCAGUAAAGCCCAUCAGCAGAAGAAUAGGAGUGUAUGUGGAUCACAGUGCAGGAACUCUGUCCUUCUACAGCGUCUCUGGAGACACAAUGAGCCUCAUCCACACAGUCCAGACCACAUUCACUCAACCGCUCUAUCCUGGGUUUGCUUUUGGUUCUGGAUCAUCAGUGAAACUGUGUUAAUGAACCAGAAUAGACUUUAGAGAGAUUCUACCCAUAAUGCUUUGCCAGAUGAAUCACAUCAUUACUGUAAAUGUCAGAAUUGUUGGAGUUUCUUUGUUCAGUGGUUCAUGCUGCUUGUCCUGAUCUAGAAAGUAUCCUGACAUGAUAAACCAUGUUUUCUACAUGAACUGUGGUAAUACCAUGCUCUGAAUUCAUCAUGUAGUGUUGUGGUGAAUAAUGUCAGUGUUUUCUUUCUAUAUCUGUCAUGUGCAGUUUUAGUCACGUUACUUUAAAAAAGUAAUAAGUUAUAGUUACUAGUUACUUCUCACAAAUAGUAACUGAUGCCAUGUUCCAGGCAGCCCGUAACCCGUGUUUUUCCAACCUUCUACCCACGAAAGUGCACUGGAAUGGCAGUCAAACCCGUGAUUUCCCACCCUUGAACUCGUAGGCUACUAAAUAUAGUACUAUAGUAUAUUUAUAUAUAUAUAUAUAUAUAUAUAUAUAUAUAUAUACUCCCUGAAAGAUGAGCCAGUCUUACUCGAUUAUGACCUCUGUCAGUGUUUCUACAUGUUAAAAAAACCUACUGUACCUGAAAAACUUCUGAUCUGUUGUAUUUAGUCCUAUUGUGUGUAAUUCAUCUUUGUUUUUAUUUUUAACAACAAAAAUUAAAUAACCAAAAUAUCUUUAUUAUAUUGUUACUGUUAUCAUUA